UGACGUACAUGCCGGUCGCGAAAUGUUUUAGCAUGGAUUGCAGAGAUUCAGACUUUCCAAAUAUACUUUAUUUGUAUGCUACAGUUUAGGUAUGUUUUAGUAAUCGCGUAAUAUAUAUUUUACUGUACACGUUGAUCAAUAGAGUAUGAGGUGUGAAAAUAUGUUUAUCUAACUAGCUAAUCUUACAUGAAAUAGCUAGCUAGCUAACAUAAACUGGUCAGCAACUUUAGCUACAAAAUCCUAUUCACAGUGUAAAUGAUGGGGGAGGAGACCCAGUCCCUUCACCUGGAUGAGGGACUGUCUGUAAAGGAAGAGGAGUUAGGACAGGCAGAGGGAAAGAUGAACCAAGUGGAGGUUGAACAACCAGAGGAGGUUGAAGAGGAAGAUGAGGAGGAUGAAGAAGCAUUACCACACUCUGAAUUCCUGGACAUCUUUGAAGAAGGACUGGCUCGCCUUGUACAGGACCCUCUACUCUGUGACCUUCCUAUUCAGGUGACUCUGGAGGAGGUGAAUUCCCAGGUUGCUCUGGAGUAUGGCCAAGCCAUGACUGUCCGUGUAUGCAAAGCGGAUGGCGAAGUAAUGCCUAUAGUGGUGGUGCAGAAUGCCUUGGUGCUGGAUUUGAAGAAAGCCAUUCAGAGGUUCAUGGAGCUGAAACAGCAACGGGAGGGUGGGGUGAAGCAUGUCAGCUGGAGAUACGUAUGGAGAACCUUUCAUCUCAUAUUUCAAGGGGAGAAGCUUGAUGAUGACAAAAUGAAACUAAAGGAUUAUGGGAUCAGAAACCGAGAUGAGGUGACAUUCAUGAAGAGACUGAGGAAGAAGUGAAACGGAGAUCUCACUACCGUGUGGAGUCCUGCCGACCCUGUGAGUUGACUGCUCAGUCCCCAUUGCUUCAGACCUCUAUGUUUCAACCUGGAGAUGUACAGCAACUAUAGUCAUACACUGACAUGACUCAGUUGAUGUCUAAAAGGUUUUUCAAUGGACAUCUCAAAUGUUUUUUUUUACAUGUCGUAGAUAUGAUUGUGUGGAAUGUUUCGUACGGGCUCAAUUGUUUAUUGUUUGGACAUAUUCUCUUGUCGUUUUGUACAGUAAAAUUGUGCCACUCCAAAUAUGAAUAAAGGCUACAGUGCAACCAAA